UUUCGUCUGGGUGUGGCGAUCUGACAGUAGACUCUCAGAUCGACUUUUUGUCCGUAAACGCGGACAAAAAGUCGAUCUGUAAGUCUCUUUCUCCGAGCAGGGACAGUUUUUCGUGCACUGAAGUCAUGGAUUGUGGGUGGGCCCCCAGAUUUGUGUCUCUCAGCCUGGUUCUGCUGAUUUCUGCCUCUGCUGAAGGUAAGACCAUCACUGGUGCAGUUGGAGAGGAUGUUAUUCUGCCAUGUCAGGCCAGUGACUACACGCCUUUUCAAAUUGUGGAGUGGAGCAGAGAUGGCAUACACUCAGAAUAUGUCUUCGUCUUUGACAACACAAACCCAGAUCUGGAAAUCACAGAACAAAGCUACAAGGGACGAGUUGAUGUGGUGGACCUGGAGAAAGGAGACGUGUCUCUGAAGCUGAGGAACGUGAAACUUGAGGACAGUGGAAGAUAUGAGUGUUAUGUUGUGAGAGAAACAAACCGUAAAAAGAGAGACAUUCAGCCAAUCAGCACUGUCUACCUUCAUGUGGCUCCUCCUCCUCCAGGUCGAGGACACAUUGGACUGGUUGGGCUGAUGGUGGUUGCUAUGGUUACUGCUCUGUUUGCUGUGAUUGUCUGGAAGAAAAGGACUGUCUCCCCUCCCCAGGGUGAAACUCCCCAGACUCCUCCGGUCUGACUAAUAGCUGCAUACAUCAGCAGAACAUCUUGCUGCCCUUCACUCAGCUUCCAUCAUGACAACCCAGCCAAUAGGGCCACAAGACCGUAUAUUCCUAAUGCCGGUCCCAAGCCCGGGAAAAUGGGGAGGGUUACUGAGGAAGGUUAUGCAAGUGUUAAUUAUCUUUCAAACAUAAUAUUUAAACAUCAUCAAGGAAUUGUACUUAACUUUGAUGAAAAUAAAAUAAGUUUUUUGCUAAUUUGAA